AUGCAGAGUAUAUUUUAUCCAAGUCAUCGUAUUGAAGAACGGUACGAUGUUAAAGGAUGUUUAGCUGGGCGUUAUCAGAAGCCACGCCCACCUGGUAGUACCGUAGUAACUGUUUAUAAAGAUCAAAACUUCGUAGAUCAAUCCCUUGAUUUAGGAACUCAGGGUGAAUGGUUUAUAGAGCAGCUAAAAGCUGAUACAUUAUUUAUGAAAGAACUGGGUGUUCAAGACUACAGUUUAUUAAUUGGUAGACAGAUUCGUCAUGGAAAAUACACUGGCAAAAUUGGAAAGAUCACUUUUCCUAAAUCACUGGUUGAUAAAAGCUACCUAGACGAGAUUAAUAUGUCCAAUAGAAGACUCUUACCUAAUUGUAAAAAUGCAUUACAUAUUAUAGACGGACCUGAAUAUCGUUAUUUUCUCGGCAUCAUAGACUUUUUUACCCUGUACGAAUAUCGUCAAAGAGCUGGACGUGUAAUUAAAAGUAUCAAAUUGUGCUGUGGAGAUCAUUCCACCAUUCCUCCAGGCCCUUACGCUGAUAGAUUUCUACGAUUUAUUACAGAACGAGUGAAAUAG